AUGUCUUCUGAGAACAAGCAGGACCAGAAAACUUCCAACGGUGCAGGCAGCAGCCUCAGCGCGGGAAACCUCCGUCAUUUGCCGGAUGAGAGCAAGAACGGCAAUGUUGAUCGAUUCAUCCAGGCUGCUGCUGCGGAUGAGCCGUAUUUCGCUCGCGCGCGCAUGCCGAGUCGGUCUGAGCAUAUGUCACGACUCUCAAGUCAACUUGAUGCGACAGAUAAGAUCAUGAAAGGAUAA